UGACCCCUAAAUGAUUGCAUUGUAUGCAUACUUUGGUAGAUACCAAUGAACAAGCAAAGCUUCAUCUGAGGGAAAAACUGCACAGGAAUUUGUCAGCAACCUUGAAUACCACUGCUGCAACUUUGGUAGAUGAACAAGCAAAGCUUCAUCUGAUGGAAAAACUGCACAGUAAUCUGUCAGCAACCUUGAAUACCACCGCCACCUCUGGUUGUAGGGUCUGUCCUGAUGGGUGGGCUCACAACAGUGGGAAGUGCUACCUCUUCUCCUCCACUGGAAAGACCUGGAGUCAGAGUCGAGAUCACUGCAUCACAUUAGGGGGGCAUCUGGCCAUUGUGAACAGUCAAGAGGAACAGACAUUCCUGAUCAAGAAGGCCAAAGGACAGAUCCACUGGAUGGGACUGAGUGACCUGGAGACAGAGGGACUGUGGAUUUGGGUGGAUAGCACACCUCUCAGUGAGACUGGAGCCGUAUUCUGGCUUAAAAGGCCUGGAGGACAGGACGAGCCAGACAACUGGAAGGACGAACCGGCGGGGGAAGACUGUGCUUGCUUCGCCAGCACAGGAGAAUGGCAUGACAACUCCUGCAGGAAAACGUACAGAUUUGUGUGUGAGACACUUGCCCCUGAAUAA